AUGGAUCUUACUGGCAUUCGUCGAUUGCGAUCCAGUGUCGUUUUGUCGGAUGCAAACAUGGUCGGAUCCGAAACUAGAAUUCGGCGAGACUCAAGUCUGCCCUCUAGUAUGAUCUUUUCCGAAACUUGCGACAAAGUCACCAUCACCAAGGGUGUUCUUUCUGCUGAUUGCAAAAAGGCCGACAAGAAGAGCACUAUCCACUCUUCAAUCUCGCUCAAUGAUUACAUCGGAGUAACUGACGGAAAACUUGUGUGGGGAGGCAGAGGUUUCAGUCACCACGCCGAGGACGUUCAUGUACACAACGGUGUACUGUCUGCCAAAUUCAAAGUGAACGGCAAGACGGUCGAAAGCAAACUCGACCUUAAUAUAUAUCUUCAAAAUCACGACGGUCUCUUGGCGGUUAUUCCCAACCCACACCCAGUCGAUGCGCAUGCCAAUGGCAAACAUCUCGUUGCACCUGAGCUGUUGAGGGGAAUUUCUGAGGCUAGUGUUUCGAGCAUCGCCAGCGCUGCCAGUGCCAGCAGCAUGUUCUCUGCUGCCUCAACAACUUCAACCUCGACAUCUGUGUCCACAUCAUUCAAAGAGACCAAGUCAUCUUCUUCUUCUUCAUACGCUGCUUUCUCUUCUACAAAGUUCCGAAGUGAGAGCCAGCACCUUUUGAUUGAAGAUACCUGUACGAAGCUUGAGCUCAAGGGCACGUUCCUUCACGCUCAGUGCCGCCGUCUUGAUGGUACCCUCGUCCACUCUCAGAUUGACCUCGACACGAUCAUCGGAUUUUUUGAGGGUCAUCUCCAAUGGGACAUCUCUGGAUUCAGCACUCACUGCUUCGAAUACUCCCUUGACGGUUUCUUCUUGGUCGCUAAAUACAAACCUCACGCGGGCGACGAAUACCGAAUCACUCGUCUUGAUCUUCGAACCAGACUCCGCAAUGCCAAUGGCGUCCUCAUUAUCAUUGAGCUCAACAAGAAGCUUUCCGUCAUGCUCAGCGAAGUCCCUUGGAUGAAGUUCAAGGUUAUUGCCGAGCCUGACCUUAGCGUGUUCGCUAAACAUCCCGUCAUGCAAGAAACACUUAUCAGCAUCGCAGAAAGCACUGUCGAACAUGUCACCAUCGAGAUGCACAAAAUGCUCACGAUUGCAAUGGAGUCUGCUAUUUCUGUUAUCACCGCUUCCGCCAUGAAGCACGUCUCUGCUCAAAUGGAAACUUUGGUCUCUGGUGCUGUGGGCCAUGCAAGCGCCAGCGCUUCGAUCACCGCAGCCGAAUCCCUUCACCUCUAUGGUCGUGGACGCUAUAGUGCAGCUGGGGGUUACGGAUAUAGCGCGACAUCGAACGGCCACUCGGCUCACUACGAAUCCCAUGGAAGCUAUCAUGCGGACGGCCACGCCCACCACAGCUACGCCGAAAUCGCGAAACACACCUAA